UUAAUGAUUUACAGGCAAAACUCCAGAGUUUAAAGGAGUGGGAAUCAAGUAACCCAGUGAGAUCUGCAGACAUGUCUGGCAAGCCAGUGUGCAUUGCAGAUUUUGAGGAGCAUGCCAGAAGGUUUCUGCCCAAGUCCGUGUACGAUUAUUACCGCUCUGGGGCGGAUGACCAGGAGACCCUGGCAGAAAAUGUCGCAGCCUUCUCCAGGUGGAAGCUGUACCCGCGGGUGCUCAGGGACGUGUCAGUGAUGGACCUGUCCACCUCUGUCCUGGGGCACAGGGUCACCGUGCCCGUGUGCGUGGCCGCCACCGCGAUGCAGCGCAUGGCUCACCCCCACGGAGAGACGGCGACCGCCCGAGCCUGCCAGGCCGUGGGGACGGGGAUGAUGCUGAGCUCCUGGGCCACGUCCUCCAUCGAGGAGGUGGCCGAGGCGGCGCCGGCCGGGCUGCGCUGGCUGCAGCUGUACGCCUACAAGGAGCGGCGGGUGACGGCGGCGCUGGUGCGGCGUGCCGAGCGAGCCGGCUACCGCGGCAUCUUCCUCACCGUGGACACGCCGUACCUCGGCCGCCGCCGGGCCGAUGUCCGCAACAAGUUCCAGCUGCCCCCGCACCUCAGUCUAAAGAAUUUCUCGAGCAGCGAGCUGGCCUUUUCCUCAGGGAAGGACUUUGGAGAGAACAGCGGGCUGGCUGUGUACGUCGCCGAGGCCAUCGAUGCCACCGUCAGCUGGGAGGACGUCAAGUGGCUUCGGGGGCUGACCUCGCUGCCCAUCGUGCUGAAAGGGAUCCUCAGGGCUGAUGAUGCCAAAGAAGCUGUGAAGCUUGGGGUAAACGGGAUCCUGGUGUCAAAUCACGGAGCACGACAGCUUGAUGGGGUCCCUGCUACUAUUGAUGUCUUGCCUGAAAUUGUGGAGGCUGUGGAGGGGAAGGUGGAGGUGUUCCUGGAUGGAGGUGUGAGAAAAGGCACGGACGUUCUCAAGGCACUGGCUCUUGGUGCCAAAGCUGUUUUCAUUGGGAGACCUGUCCUCUGGGGACUGGCUUAUCAAGGUGAAGAAGGAGCAAAAGAAGUUCUCCAGAUACUGAAGGAAGAGUUUCGCCUGGCAAUGGCACUGACAGGAUGCCGGAGAGUAGAAGAAAUUGGCAGGACACUGAUCCGAAGACAUCAAGUAUUGUUUUCCAAGAUUUAGGUCUGAAGACUCUUGCCUUGCCUUGUCUGUUGUGCUUCCAGACAAAAUCCAACUGCAUUCCCUCUGUGGGCCUCCCCCUGCAGUCCUGACUGAUUGCAGGAACGCUCUGCUCCGUAGGAAAUCACUUGUUGAAGAAAGAACUCAAAAUUUUACAGGUGCUUCCAAAUCUCUCGGGCUCUUAAGGAAAGCUGCUACUCUGGGAGGUGUGAUUAGAGAUGGGCCUUUAUACAAGACCAGCACAGAAACUUCAAGGUGUUUUGCAACAAAUGCUGAUAAUUAAUUUCCAUGCCUGGGAGUAAUUUAGCUGGUAAAGUGAAACUAUAAACAGAAAUGCUGAAAUUUAAAAUGCAAAAGAUGCUUCUUGCUCGCUGUUUAGAGAAACUGGACUGUAGAUUGUAGAGAUUAAAUCUUGCUUUCCUAUGAA